AUGGCAGAACCGACUGACACACAGAGCUGCGAUUGUAAUUCCCUCCCCGAUGUUCUCUUGGAGCAGAUAUGUAAUCGUAUGGACCUGCUCAGCACCGUCUGUCUAGCUGCAUGCUCGUCCAAGAAGGAUUGGCUGGUGCUACCGUCUGGCGUCAAGUUUGAUCCCACGGAUCAGGAGCUGAUCGAGCACCUUGAGGCCAAAGUGAGUGCCGACAGUGCGAGAUCUCACCCUCUCACCGAUUUGUUCAUGCCAACCAUCGACAGCGAGAACGACAUAUGCUACACCCAUCCCAAGAAACUUCCAGGUAUCACACUGAGUGGCCUAAGCAAGCAUUUCGUCCAGUGCAACUCCAAGGCAUUCAAAAGGGGCACGUGGACGCGUUGCAAGAUACAGUUGGAGUGUCGCAUGCACGCGAUGUGGCACAAGACCGGCAAUACAUUACCGAUGAUGGUCAACGGCCAGCAAACGGGCAUCAAAAUAGUUCUGGUGCUGCACACCAACAAGAACUUCGACCAGCAGAGGACCAACUGGGUUAAGCACCAGUACCACCUCGGGGACCUGGAGCAAGAGAAGGAGCGGGAGCUGGUCCUCUACAAGAUUUUCUACCAGACAAACACUAGGGCCAAGACUAAAAAGAUUAUAAGUUAG